CGGGCGGCAGAUGGCGCGGCGCUCAGUCCGGCGCCGUCAGCUUCCGGGUCGAGUGCGGGUCGAGUGCGGGCUCAUCCGUGGCCGCAGCAGCAGCAGUAGCAGUAGCAGGAGGCGCUGACGAAGCCGCAGCAGGCGAGAGCGUGACAGAGAGCGAGGAGAGGGGGACGCCGCCGCCAUGUUCUCGUGGAUCAACAAAGAUGAGGCGAAGAAGAAGCAGCUGGACGUGUACGACUCGGUGCUGGAGGGCCUCCGCAAGAUCUACAAGGCGAAGGUGCAGCCCCUGGAGUCCAGCUACCAGUUCCACGACUUCCACUCGCCCGCCCUGGACGACCCCGACUUCGACGCCAAGCCCAUGAUCCUGCUGGUGGGGCAGUACUCGACGGGCAAGACCACCUUCAUCCGCUACCUGCUGGAGAGGGACUUCCCCGGCAUCCGCAUAGGGCCCGAGCCCACCACCGACGGCUUCAUCGCCGUCAUGCACGGGGAGACCGACGGCGUGAUCCCCGGCAACGCCUUGGUGGUGGACCCCAAGCGCCCGUUCCGCCCGCUGUCCCGGUUCGGCAACGCCUUCCUCAACAGGUUCCAGUGCUCGCAGGUGUCGUCGUCCGUGCUCAAGGGCCUGUCGGUGAUCGACACGCCGGGCAUCCUGUCGGGCGAGAAGCAGCGCGUGGACCGCGGCUACGAGUUCACGGGCGUGCUGGAGUGGUUCGCCGAGCGGGUGGACAGGAUCAUCCUGCUGUUCGACGCCCACAAGCUGGACAUCAGCGACGAGUUCCGGCGGUCCAUCGAGGCGCUGCGGGGCCACGAUGACAAGAUCCGCAUCGUGCUCAACAAGGCGGACAUGGUCGACCACCAGCAGCUCAUGCGGGUGUACGGCGCCCUCAUGUGGUCCCUGGGCAAGGUGCUCAACACGCCCGAGGUCGCGCGGGUCUACAUUGGGUCCUUCUGGGACCAGCCCCUCAGAUACGACGUCAACCGGAGGUAAGACGGGGGGCGCCUU